CUCAACGAGAUCUCAUGACAGGCAAUAUGGCCAAACUUAAAGUAGCAGUUGUUUUUAUAUUUACUUUCAUUCAUUUUUUAAUUUUAACUCAAGCAAUGGAUUAUGAGGAAGUUUCAAACAACAGGACAAAACGACAUGCCGUGAUAGGUGUUAGGAACAGCGAACUUCAAAAUCUACCAAUAUCCUGUCCAAGCCUACAGAGGUACAGACUACCAGAUGGUAACUGCAACAACCCUACAUCACCUUCCUGGGGAUCAGCCGGAUCAGCUUUAAGAAGAAUAGUUGAUAAUUAUUAUGACGAUGGUGUAAAACGACCUAGAAUUCGAGGUGCCGAUGACAAGCCGUUACCAAGUGCACGUGAAGUCAGUAAUAAAGUUGUAGAGCUGGAAGUCAAAGAAUCAGCAGACACGAUCUAUACCAACUUAUUCCAAGUUUAUGGACAAUUCCUGGAUCAUGAUAUUGAUUUUACUCCAACCGUCAAGGAUACUAAUGGUGAUAAAUUCAAGUGUUGUACAGAUAAGUUAAAUAUGGAAGGUGGUCAACAUCCCGAUGUCGAUGACGGUGAGCCAUGUUUUCCAAUAGUGAUUCCUUUUAACGACCCGUUCUUUAAACCGAGGAGAUGUUUAAAUUUUGUCAGAUCAGUGGAAGUUGAAGAUCACAGAUUAAAAUGGCAAUCGCGACUUUUAAAAGUCAGUAAUUAUGAUAUGUUACCAGAAGACAAGACGAUCCAAUGUCAAAAACGUGAUAAGGAUGAUUACUGUUUUAAAGCUGGUGACCCUAGAUCUAACGAACAUCCAGGCUUGUCAGCUUUCCACGUCAUAUUUUUAAGAAUGCACAAUCGAAUUGCGUUGCAACUAUAUAAUCUAUAUAAUUUAAACCACUGGAAUAAAGACGAAAGGUUGUUUCAAGAAACUAGAAAAAUCGUAGAAGCCAUAUUACAACACAUCAGCUAUAAUGAAUGGUUACCAUUGGUUGUUGGACCAAAGGCUACACGUAAAUACAGGUUAAAAUCAGAUAUUCGUACUGAAUAUAAAUACGACUCCAAAGUAGAUCCGAAUAUAAUAAACGCCUUUUCUACAGCUGCAUUUAGAUAUGGACAUUCUACUAUACCAAAUGAAUGGACGUAUAAAGGAGAACCGGGGAAGAUACCGCUAGUUCAAAUGUUCCAUAGUCCAUUUUAUAUUUAUAAGGAUGGAGGAAGGGGUUUAGAUGGUAUAAUUGAAGGUAUGUUAAUAGAUUCGAGCCAAGCUACCGACCAUAUUUUUAGUGAUGGUGUAAGGAAUAAAUUAUUUGAAACACUGAAGGUUCCUGGUAUGGACUUAGCUGCUAUCAAUAUACAACGUGGUCGGGAUCACGGUCUGGCACCGUACAAUGAAUACAGAAAAUAUUGUGGUCUGGACCCUAUAGUAUUUGACAAAAGCACGCCACAAGUUAAAGCUCUUGCUUCAGUUUAUAGCAAUGCGGAUGAUGUGGACUUAUAUAUUGGCGGAGUAACAGAACAUCCGGUGACAGGCGGUCAUGUUGGACCAACUUUCGCCUGUAUUAUUGCAGAACAAUUCCGUAAUAUAAAAUAUGGUGAUCGUUUCUGGUUUGAGAAUAUUAAACACCGAUAUCCAUACAGUUUCAGUUCUGAAACUUUCACUGUCGGCCAGGUGAAUGCAAUCAGACGAAUGAGUAUGGCAAGAAUUUUAUGUGAUACAACUCAUAUUCGUUAUGUUCCCAAGAACGCUUUUUUACACCCAGAAAACGGUGGAUCAGCGAGAAAGGUUUCGUGUAGAGAUUAUUACAGUAUUCCACCAUUAGACAUAAGACAGUGGUACCAGCCGUCGCCAAUGUUCGGUUAAAAUUAUCACAGCUAGCAAUAAAUAUCGUUUUAAAAUACCACAUAAUAUUGAUUUUUGAAAAGUUUUCAAAUAUUAGUUUCAUUAUUAUUCUUCUUAUUAUUAUUGUUACAACAUAUUUAUAAUGCACCCUUUCAUAUAUAACUUGUUCGGGGACACUUGCAAAGUGGCAAUAAAAAAACAAGGAAAAAAACAACACGAUGUUACCGAUAACUGUUAAUACUAAAACACACAAUCUCCUAACAGUUUGACUGUGUAAUGAAAACACAGUUUUACUUGGUUAUAGUUUCUGUUCUUUUCUAAAUAAUUUCAAGCAUUAUUAAUUUGGACUUAAAUGGCUUACCUAUUGACGUUUAUUUGGAGUCCACUGAUGUAAACAAAAUGGCUUAUAAUUAUCAUAUUUUUUAAAAGUGACACUUGAAUGUUAAUACCUUUAAUCAAAUUUAAUUUUAAAAGACUUUGAAUGUUAUGAAAUAUAAUCUUGUUUUUAUUACUUUCUGGGAAUGUAGUUUAUUUAUUGGAAUAUUGCUGUUUUAUUCGAAAUUUAUAUACUUCUAAGUAUUAUGUUAACAAUAAUACUGAUAUGAAACUGCUUGGAAAAGUUCGUUGAUUUUGAUGUACAAUUUUGAAGUAUAAAUUUGAAUUUUAAA